UUGGGAAUAAUUUACCAUCCACGCUAGAAGUCAUAGCUCUCUAUAUACAGCUUUUGCAGAAGUAGAGAGCGAUGAGAGAUAGAGGUAGAGAGAGAGCGAGAAGAUGGGAAGGCGGACGGUCAUGGGCAUGGCGGACGGCACGGAGCAGAGAGUUCUUUGGCAGAAAGGAACAAGGUAGAGCAGAUCAAGGCCGAGUAUGGAAAGACAGCAGAAGGCAGGAACCUUGGGGAUAUGAUCGAGGUGUGUACAACCAAGCAAUCCCUUUUUUCUUCACAAACUUUCCAGAUGACUGGAGCCACGGGGAUAUGUGGAGAACUUUCCUUCGUUUUGGAAGAGUGUUUGCCAUUUACAGUCCACAAAGAAAAAACAGAGAGGGAAGAAGAUUUGGGUUUGUAAGGUUCCUGGAGGUGAAAGAUGAGAGGGAACUUGAAAGGCGCCUGAAUGGGAUUCAAGUAGGUAAUUUUACUUUGAAGGUGAAUAGACCGAAAUACAGCCUACAGGAGAAAGUUGAUGCACCGUCCGCGAGGAACAUGGCUAGUGCUGAACAACACAAAAGCUACGCGGAGGUGGUGAAGAGGGGCCAACAAGUGAAAGGGAAGCUGAAUAGAAUUGUUGGUGAGCAUGGAGGGCAAACAUGGAAGGCUAAGGAAGAAGUUAAUAAUCAAGCGGGACUCAAAUUAAAGGCCACGAAGGAUGACGAGGAGUGGCUGAAAGGAUGCAUGGUUGGUACAAUUCAUUCUGUAGAGUCGGUUCCACUUUUGCAAGAAAAGUUCUUUAUGGAAGGCUACUUUACCUACAAAAUCCGUCCAAUGGGAGGGAAACUAGUGUUGCUAGAAGGAAGUGACAGGGACGAAGUGAAGGAUCUUGUGGAGCUUGCCGCUGAUUGGCUUGGACACUGGUUUGAAGACAUCAAGCCUUGGUCCCCUGAAAUAGUGGCAACUGAACGUUUCACUUGGUUAAAAUGUCAAGGAAUGCCUGUUCAUGGCUGGAAUUCAGAUAACUUUUCGACUUUAGGCUGUUUAUUUGGAAAGUUUCUGUGCUUAGAUGACAGUACAAGCAAAAGAAAGCGCUUCGAUGUGGCAAGAUUUCUAAUCUCCACUCCAAUUAUGGAAUUUAUCUCAAGGACAAUUACAGUUACAGUCAAUGGAGCCCUAUACAAGAUCAAAGUCAUGGAGGAGGAAUCCACAAAUAGCUUAUUUAGAAUGAGUUCAAAUUGGGUUUCGGCUGAAAAGUGGAACUCGAAAGAUCUUGAAUCCGGGUGGGGUGCUAGUGAUUCUAGUGCCAAAUAUGAAGUUGAUAGCCAUGGAGAUUACAGUAGAAACUUGGACUUUCCAGAAUUUGAAAAAGGAUUGCAAGUUGAAGAUGAUGACGUGGCGCAAAUCUGGUGGGAGAAGGACGAAAGAUCAGUGAACAAACCCAAAGAUGGGAGUGACAACGGCAUGCAAGGAAAAGACGUGCAAGAAAUAGGUGUCAGUAUGACCGUUGAAAGUUCCCAAGGCAUGCAGUCGAAUGAUGAAUGUCAGGAGAUUGUGCCAGACAGUUUGAAUUUGGUUCAAAAUCAAGGCAAUACUAAUGGUGAUAGCAUCAAUAUUUCAGCAGAUAAAGAGUUGAAUGGUAUAGAGGAUACAAAGGGAAUUGAGCCUAUCGAGGAUAACAACAAUGGGCUUUUGGAGUGUGAAAAAAUUGGGCUGGUUGUCCAAGAAGCAAAUAAGGAUGUGAGUGGGGCUGGGCUAGUAUCAAAGAGAAUUGCUGCCAAGCCCAUUUCAAGGGACCAACAGAAAGAGACAUCAAUGAAUCUAAUUAAAAGCAAGGAACCAUCAGAAGUGAAUUUCUGGGAAGGGAUCAACAGUGACUCAGGAAAGCUAGCACAUUGGAUGGUCAGGGGAGAAAGAAAGAAGCAAAAGAAGAGAGAAAGAAGGCAAGCAAAAAAGGCAAGGCUAUGUAUUGAGGUCUUCAAGCAUUCUAGACGCUGUUCGGAAACAAAGGGGACUAAAAGGGGGAAGCGGUUGCUAAGCUACAAGGAUAGAUGCUCAGAAAUCGCGCCGGAGUUUCUGCCGGCAUCACAAAGCAGAGUAGCUGGGAUUUCUAUAGCAGAUAGCGACAUCAAAAAUAGAAAUCAAAGUCUUCUUGGUUGUCACCGGAGCAAAGAAGCAGAGAAAAUCUGGGAAUUUGGGAAGAAAAUUGGAGUAACGGUUGACGGAAAUGAAGUUGAGAUUGCUCAAAAAAUUGAAGAAAUGGAAGACAGGGACCGAAGGGCAAAACAAGCUUUGGAGAAGCAAGACAAGAAGGAAGGUAGAGCAGGUGAUUUCAACUUUGUGAAAGAGCAUCAAGAAUGUUCUGGAAGCAGAGGAAAUGCCAAAGAAAUUAGAGAGUUCAAAAACUUCAUCAUGGAUUCAGGCUUGAUUGAUUUGCCAUUAAUUGGGAGAAAAUACACAUGGUAUCAUUCAAAUGGAACCUCAAUGAGUAGACUAGACAGAUUUUUAGUCUCAGAGGAAUGGCUAUUGAAUUGGGAAGAUGUGAGGCAGUGGGGAUUGAAAAGGUCUAUCUCAGAUCAUUGUCCAAUUUUGCUAAAGAACCAAAAAGUGGAUUGGGGUCCUAAACCAUUUAAAUUCUUCGAUGUGUGGAUGGAGCGGCUAGGAUUUGAGAAGUUAAUACAGGAUUCUUGGUCAUCUACUAAGAUUCACGGGUGGAAAGGCUAUAUCUUGAAAGAGAAAUUGAAAAGAUUGAAAGGUGCUCUAAAGAAUUGGAGUAGAAAUUAUAUGGUGGAGAUCGACAAAAAGAUUUCUACUGCAGAAGAUAAAAUUGCAGAACUUGACAGGAAAGGAGAAAGACAAAGGCUUACUGUUGGAGAGGUGCAAGCCAGAAAAGAAGCAUUUGCAGAACUCUCGAAGAAUGUCAGAAUCAAAAAUAGGAUGUGGCAUCAAAAAGCUCGAAGAAUGUGGCUACGAGAAGGUGAUGCUAAUACAGCUUUUUACCAUAAAUGCAUCAAGAGCAGAUUGAUGAAAAAUGAAAUAAAUUGCAUUAUGGUUAAUGGUUGCCAGCGUGUUGAGGUGGAUGACAUUAGAGAGGAAAUUGCUAAAUAUUUUCAAUCAUUAUUUAAGAAUGAAGAAUGGGUUAGACCAACACUUGGUGGGCUGAAUUUCAAUCAGAUCUCUAAAUCACAAAAUCAAAUGCUCACAGCUCAAUUCUCUGAAGAGGAAAUUAAGGCAGUAAUUUGGGAUUGUGACAGUUCAAAGGCACCAGGUCCUGAUGGUUUCAACUUCAACUUUAUUAAAAAAAAUUGGGAGAUAAUUAAAAGAGAAGUCAUUGAUUUUAUCAUGGAGUUUCAUGACAAAGGAAGGAUUGUCAAAGGUCUAAAUGAAUCAUUUGUGGUUCUAAUCCCUAAAGUCAGCAAUCUAGAAAAGAUUGAGGAAUUUCGACCAAUCUCACUCAUCAAUGUAAGCUACAAAAUUCUGUCAAAGCUACUCGCCAACAGAUUGAGAAGAGUCUUAGAGGACAUAAUCGGGGAAAACCAAAUGGCUUUCAUUGCUGGAAGACAUCUGCCUGAGAGUGUGGUCAUCGCAAAUGAAGUGCUAGAUGAGGCAAGGAAAAAGAACCAAGCUUGCUUCUUCUUUAAAGCAGAUUUUGAAAAGGCAUUUGAUAAUGUUUGCUGGAGUUUUUUGGAUUUUAUGAUGGAUAAGUUAGGCUUCAAUGCAAAAUGGCGUUCUUGGAUCAAGGAAUGCUUGAGAUCAGCGUCCAUCUCUGUGUUAAUCAAUGGUUGCCCUUCUCGACAGUUUGGAAUGACAAAAGGAUUGAGACAAGUUAAGCAAGGACUUUUUGAAGGUGUUAAAAUUGGAAAUGGAGAGCUUAAACUCUCUCACUUGCAAUUUGCUGAUGAUACUUUGAUAAUGGGUAAAGCAACAAAGGAAAAUAUCUGGGUUGUGAAAUGUAUUAUGAGGUGCUUUGAAUUGGUGUCGGGAUUGAAGAUUAAUUAUGCAAAAAGUCAAUUGAUGAGCACAAAUGUUGAGAAGGAAUGGACAACAGAAAUGGCAUACUUGCUUAAUUGCAAGAUAGGUAAGAUUCCGUUCAAAUAUCUUGGCACUCAUGUGGGAGGAAAUUCAAGGAGUAUCUCACACUGGAAGGGUCUUGUUGAAACUUUUGAAAAGAAGCUGUCUGGUUGGAAAGGCCGAUACUUGUCUAUGGGAGGUAGGAUUACUCUCGUUAACUCUGUGCUGUCCUCACUGCCCGUGUUCCAAAUGUCAACUCAUCUUCUCCCAAAAGGUCAACAAAAUAUGGUUAACCAAAUGGGCACAUGGUCUGAUGGUCAUUGGAAGUGGGACUUAAAAUGGAGGCGUAAUCUCAGAGAAUGGGAGGAGAAACUAGAAUCAGACUUGCUUGGUGAUAUUUCCUCAGCCCAAUGUAGACAAGGGAUCGAAGACAAAUGGGACUGGAAGUUGGACAACAACCAUGGACACUCUACUAGUUCGGCUUACAGACUCUUGAAAGCCUCAAACCAUGGAGCUGAUGCAGAAAUCUUUAUGAAAGUUUGGAAUCCACUGACCCCAAGGCCUUGGGCCCAAACCCAGAUUACCUCCCCGCCAGCCCACCAAAACCCUCCUCUCUGUCCCCAAGCUGUUUUCAGUUUUCUGAUCAUCCGCCGCCUCUUUCCCCCUCGUGUAUCACAUGCAUGCAGGAGCAAAGCUAUGAAUUCCGGCGAGCCAAGAAAAGGAGGUUAUCGAGAAGUUUUCCUUUUCACAAUAGUCCGCCAUAUUUUCCGGUUACAGGAAGACAGGGAAAAAGUACAUAGUCUGUGUCUCGCCAACGUUGAAGCCACUGAUUUGAGCAUUUCUACUGAUCUGAUUGUUCUUUAUCUAGAAGUUGAACUGGAUUGUAAAACUGUCGUGUUUUUCCCCGGCGAGUAGAGGUUGAGAAUGGCGGAUCGGUUGACUCCCAGCUGAUAUUUACCUAAUAGAUGAACCAAGUGCUUAUCUUGAUUCUGAGCAACGCAUUGUUGCUUCUAAAGUCAUAAAGAGGUUUAUCCUCCAUGCGAAGAAAACGGCAUUUGUUGUUGAGCAUGACUUUAUUAUGGCAACUUAUCUGGCAGAUAGAGUUAUUGUGUAUGAGGGAGAGCCUUCAGUCGAUUGUGCUGCAAAUUCUCCUCAAUCAUUGUUGACUGGAAUGAAUCUGUUCUUAUCUG